AUGGUGAUGAGUCUAGCAAUACUGCAGGACCCCAGAGAUGGUGAUGAGUCUGAUUACUAUGAUGAUCUAGAUUACUUUGAUGAUCUAGAUUACUUUGAUGAUCUAGAUUACUAUGAUGAUCUAGAUUACUUUGAUGAUCUAGAUUACUUUGAUGAUCAAGAUUACUUUGAUGAUCAAGAUUACUUUGAUAAUCUAGAUUACUUUGAUGAUCUAGAUUACUUUGAUGAUCUAGAUUACUUUGAUGAUCUAGAUUACUAUGAUGAUCUAGAUUACUAUGAUGAUCUAUAUUACUUUGAUAAUCUAGAUUACUUUGAUGAUCAAGAUUACUUUGAUAAUCUAGAUUACUUUGAUGAUAUAGAUUACUUUGAUGAUCAAGAUUACUUUGAUAAUCUAGAUUACUUUGAUGAUCAAGAUUACUUUGAUAAUCUAGAUUACUUUGAUGAUCUAGAUUACUUUGAUGAUCAAGAUUACUUUGAUAAUCUAGAUUACUUUGAUGAUCUAGAUUACUUUGAUGAUCAAGAUUACUUUGAUAAUCUAGAUUACUUUGAUAAUCUAGAUUACUUUGAUGAUCUAGAUUACUUUGAUGAUCAAGAUUACUUUGAUAAUCUAGAUUACUUUGAUGAUCUAGAUUACUUUGAUGAUCUAGAUUACUUUGAUGAUCUAGAUUACUUUGAUGAUCUAGAUUACUUUGAUGAUCUAGAUUACUUUGAUGAUCAAGAUUACUAUGAUAAUUACUUUGAUGAUCUAGAUUACUUUGAUGAUCUAGAUUACUUUGAUGAUCUAGAUUACUUUGAUGAUCUAGAUUACUUUGAUGAUCAAGAUUACUAUGAUAGUCAAGAUUACUUUGAUGAUCUAGAUUACUUUGAUGAUCUAGAUUACUAUGAUAAUCUACAUUACUUUGAUAAUCUACAUUACUUUGAUAAUCUAGAUUACUUUGAUAAUCAAGAUUACUAUGAUAGUCAAGAUUACUUUGAUGAUCUAGAUUACUUUGAUGAUCUAGAUUACUUUGAUGAUCUAGAUUAUUUUGAUGAUCUAGAUUAUUUUGAUGAUAUGGGUUACUUUGAUGAUCUAGAUUACUUUGUAACUUUGUGA